AUGGGCGAACGCAUCUUCAGCGUUGCCUCCUUCUUCCUGAGCAUCAAUAUCGGUGACUCGUCUAUACACAUUCUUUACUCACAUCAGGGCCCUGACACACCGAAACGCGUUGAGCGCGCGAUUCUUCUCGACGGCGGCCGGGACUGGGCAGCAGAGGAGAUUAUAGAUCCCGAUGAUGACGACGAAGAUGAGAGCGGCCCGGCCAUUGGCUCCAACUUCAAGGUUGCUGAGCCGCACGACAACAUUGCCAGGACCUUCGAGACCAUCGAAGACACAUUCGUAUGCCGGGGUCCUGCAGUAGGAGGCACAAGCAAGAAGAGAAAUCUGCUACAGUUUGAUGCGAUUGUCGUGUCACACUGGGACUCUGACCAUGCUGACGGCGUAAUGUGGACGCUCUGGCGCGAUAUCCGACGGCAGAACAACAUAGGAGUUCCUCUUGAAAACAUGCGUUUGCAGAGAGCCAGGUACUUAGAAGAUCCGCCAGGUGUCUUCACGCCAGUGACCUUUUUCUAUGCCCCGACAUGGCGGGCCAACAAAUACCACGAGAAGAUCACAGGGGAUGGCAAUAAGUGGUCGACGAAGUGGGAGAAGAUGUUCAGAACGACGGGCGACAGCCUCGCCGGACCGGAACUCGGUGAUAAUCCAACUAUGGAGGUUCGCAUCGACAAGACGGAUGUGUGGGCGCCGAACUUACUCAGGGUGCGCAUUGGCGCCGCAAACCUCAUCGGUCGAAACUUCUUCUCGCAUAGUGACCCUAUCGCAACAGCCAUGGAAAGGAUCGAGUCCGUCGACAUGGCGCAGCUCAUGGAGCGUGUGCCGCCCGAGACCCCAAAAUUAUACGACGGGGAGACCGCUGUCGGGCCUGUUCCAGGAUUUUACUGCGUCGCCGUCAAUUGCCGCGUCCUCGGGAAAACGGUGCUUCCACAAUUGACAUACAAGAACAAAACCUCCAUCUGCAAUCUGGUCAUUUGGAACGAUGACUCUCGCCGCGUUACGCACUACCUGGCGGGCGAUGCUAACUCGGAGCUUGAAGAGGCCAUCGUUCAAUGGAUGAAUUACAAGUCGGGUGAUAACAAGAGUGUCAUGGUCGCUAAGAUGUCGCAUCACGGCGCAAGUUCGUCGAAUCCAAGAUCGUCAUGGGCGCGCCUCAAACCGUACCGUGUCGUCAUUUCGGCUGGUGAUCACAAAAGCUACGGACACCCACGUUGGGAGGUACUUCACGACAUGUUCUCUUGGUACCUGUACAACAUAUCGUUCGUAUUGAAAGCCAAAUUUCCGUUGUAUCUCACACAAUAUCCCUUUUAUCUCAAGUCAGGCGCCGUCACGAACAAGCCAGCAAGCCUCGAUUUGGUGGAAGACGUCUUCAAGGCCAUGGGUGACAACUGGGAGGCGAUGGAUCAGCUAAGGGUCUCUUUGAACAUGGACCGCAUGGCUCCGUCACUUGCCCAUGUCUUGCUCACAUUGAAGGAUCAGACAGAUACGCAGAGGCGAGAUUGGAUUUUUGGAAACAUCCGCUCGAUUCUGCUGCCAGAACUCAUCGGCAACAUCCAUAACUUGGAGGGCGAUUAUGACCUGGGCGGCUUACAAUACAUCCACAUUGACAGCGACGCCGUAAAUGAACCCUGGCGCACCAGGUCGGAGAAUAAGUAUAAGCUUUUCCCACCAAUGGUCAUCUCCAACGCAUGGGACUUUCACUUUGAAUCAUCAGAACACCAUUCACUAGGAUGUUCGACCGUUUCUUUCUGCGACAGGCGACUUAGCUGUGGCUCAGAUGCUUCCUGGGAUCUCGUCGAAGAGCCCCAUCUCAUAGUGCCCGAGGGAUCAAAGCUUGCAGAAAGAGGAGGCGGCGGGGACAACGUCACCGUCAUCAGCAGAGAAAGCUGCCUGUACCCAUUUCUCCUAUUCUCAGCCUCCCAGCAGAUCAAGCUGCAGAACCGACCAGAGCCUGGGAAGGAAGUCAAGUUCACCGCGGACGAUGAGUGGCAGGCCUGGCUGAGGCGUAUUCUUGGUGCAUCGGCUGCCGUGCUUAAGGUGACAUUUGCCUCGUGGCCGCCUACGACCAAGGAGUUUGGCGACUACGAGAUGGAGGCUGCUUGGAAUGCUGGAGGCAAAGAACGAAAGUUUAUUAUGAAAAGUAAGGGCGCCGCCGUUGCGCUCGGUGUCGACAAUCCGGCCCUCGCAACUAUGUUGACCAUGACGAGAGUCUUCCCUUCGCCGUCACGGAGCCAGUCGCAAGCAGCUGGACGCUCGGCGAAGUAUCCGAUCACGUCAAUUUCAGACAUGGCAGCAUCAUCGACCUCUUGCGCGAUGUCCCAUUGA